AAGGCUCAAGGUAUUGAAGUGGAGCAGGUGGCCGAUUUUGCUCGAGUGGUCACAUACUUCUCAGAGCCUUUUAUGAGAAAACUGUUAGUACCUCCAAACGAUUCUAAGCACGUGACAGAGUUGUUGAAGCUUCACGAGGUGCUUCUCAAGAAAUUGGGUGCAAUGAGUUGCCAAAUCGACCUUUUCGUCGAAUUAGCAAAGCAAAAAGAAAAUCUCGACCAUCUAGUUUCAGAAAAAUUGCGCUUCAACGAUAUUUAUGGAGAUCAGCUGAAAAUUGCCGAUCAAAUAAGAGGGCGCAUGGUGAGCGAUAAAAUACGACGUUCUAUGGCACUGGGUUACGAAGAAGCGAAGUAUGGGUACAACCCUUAUAGAAUUUGCAAAACAAUAACUGUGAAACGGUUUCCUCGAUCUAUAAAUCCUGGAAACAUCAUGCAAAUGUACUACUGCGAAUUAACUGAUCCAGUUGCUUACGAGGAGUCAAUGAUGCCAUUAAGGAAAGCAACUGCGAAAAAUAGACCACUGCUGAAUGACACUGCAUGGCGCGUAGCUGAGGUCUUCACCAAAGACAAAGCGUUCGAAAAAAAGUUGGAAUCUCUACGGGAAAAGGCUCCUUUAAGUCCUCAAAUACCGAGAAAGUAUCCACUAGACAGUGCAAUGUGGUCUACCGUAAAAGAUCGGUUCUGGCGUCGAGCUGAUUGGCCAAAUAGUGUGGACUGUCAAGCAAUCGUGUCGCGAACAGAUAUUUUCAACCAAAAGUGGUUUCCUCAAGUCUUCAUUAGUCCAGAGAAUAAGGGAUAUGUGUGA